AUGGAAAAGAGCACGGGCAUUCUGCUGUUAAGCGAGGUAAGCCAGUUGCCGUCCACAACUGUGAUGACCAAUCACAUAGGUUGCGCUGGGCACCCCCAACUCGUGCACCACGACCAACUCGAGAGCGCAAGCGGAAGUGGAUUUUGUCGAGUACCACAGUGUCCUUGGAGUGGGCUCGUACACGCCGUCGGCCGACGCAGAACAUGUGCUUCCAGGUACUGUACGAGUAUGAUGGCGUACUCGUGCAUUGACUUGCGACGGAUAGAUGGCGCGGUGAUCCCGCUUGGAGCAUUGAAGCGCCAAAACAUGGACGGAAAUCGGGCGGCGCAUGUUCAUCUUGGAACGGGUCUGGAUUACAACGAAUACGUCAUCUUCAACCCCGCGCAGACGCGGAUGCGGUUCCUCGUCGCGAUCAACUUUUGCUUUGACGUAUAG